AUGUGCGAAACCACUGCAUCUAUCGUGGAAAUCUGCUUUCCAGAGCAAAUAUUCACCCGAGAGAGGGUAGCUUUGUUUCCUCUGGCUUACAUUGAGGAUCCAAAGAUGAACCGAAUUAUGCAGUGGCGGGAUAUCAACACAGAGAACGGGUUCAAGCAACUGUCUUUCAGCCUGUCAUCAGAGCCCAUCCAGGGCUCCUACAAGAUAGUGAUACUAAACCAAUCAGGAGUGAAGAAACAGCACCCCUUCACCGUGGAGGAAUUUGUGCUUCCCAAAUUUGAAGUUCGAGUCAAGGUCCCAAAGGCCAUCUCUAUAAAGGAUGAAAAAAUGAAUGUGACUGUAUGUGGAGUGUAUACCUAUGGGAAGCCUGUCCCAGGACAUGUAAACAUAAGCAUAUGCCAUAAAAGCCAGGACUUCAGCUUCAAGGAGAAGAAUGAAUGCAAAGAAGUCAGUUACCAGCUAGACAACAGAGGCUGCAUCACACAAGAAGAAAACAUUACGAUGUUCAACCUAAAUAAAACAUAUAUUCGAGCCCAGCAUUUUCAUGUCAAUGCAAAGGUUAUUGAAGAAGGGACAGGAUUGGAGUUCAGUGGAUCUGGAACAACGAAAAUUGAAAAAAUCAUAACCAAACUCAUAUUUGUGAAAGCAGAGUCACACUUUAGACACGGGAUUCCCUUUCUUGUGAAAGUCCGCCUCGAGGAUCUCCAGGGCACUCCUAUUCCCAAUGAGCAAGUCUUCUUCAAAGUACAAUCUGGCUACUCCCAUGCUACCACCACUGACAAUCAUGGCCUGGCAGAGUUCUCCAUCAACACCAGCCGCAUUGGGGGUCACUCCCUCAGUAUCACAGUGUACCACAAGGAGGAAUAUGUUUGUGGGAAUUUCCCUUGCAUGGCAGAAGAAUAUGGGGUAGCACACCAUGUGGCCUACAGUGUUUAUUCCAUCAGCAAGAGCUACAUCUACCUUGAGAAGGAAGCCGGCAUCUUGCCCUGCAGCCAGAGUCACACAGUUCGGGCACAUUUUAUUCUGAGAGGGACUGCCUUGAGAGUGCUGAAAGAGCUCAGUUUUUACUACCUGGUCAUGGCCCAGGGCAAGAUCAUCCAAACUGGAAGCCACACUCACCACUUGGAGGCACGAGACCCAGGAAACCUAUGCAAACAACCACAGAACAGUAAGAGCAUCUUCCACCCAUGGAAAAUCCUUCAAAUCCCUGUGUUUAGUCAUCUGGGUUUUCCUGUCAGCAUUCUGAUCCAUUACCAUCUCCUCCCAUUCCCUUUAGCUCAAGAGAAAGGGAACUUUACCUUGGAGAUCCCUGUGGAGUUCGGCAUGGCCCCUGUGGCUAAAUUGCUCAUCUAUGCCAUCUUGCCUGAUGAAGAAGUGAUUGCAGAUUCUGCAAAAUUUGAAAUUGAAAAGUGUCUUCUAAACAAAGUGGACCUAAGCUUCAAGCCAGCCCAAAGUCUUCCUGCCUCACAGGCCCAUCUGCAUGUCACAGCUUCUCCUCAGUCCCUCUGUGGCCUGAGAGCAGUGGACCAAAGCGUGUUGCUCUUGAAGCCUGAAGCUGAGCUCUCUCCUUCCUGGAUAUACAACCUGCCAGAAAUGCAGCACAAGGACUCUAAACCAAGUUCCCACCAGCUGCCCGAAGAUGAAGACCGUUGUGUCUGGCCUAGAGAUAAGGCCCUUAAGGGCGUCGCACACCCACUAAGAAAAGAAAAUGAGAAAGACGUCUAUGAAUACCUGGACAAACUGGCCCAGAAUGGGUGA